AUGCGCUGGACUACUGUUGUCUACCAAGCUUUGGCUACGGCUGCUUUCAGCCAGGCCUUCAUCAUUCCGAGCGAUACCACGGAGGGAGUCUAUAAGGUAGUCACCGCCGAUGGUUCCGAAGUCCACACGAGGAUUGCCAACGUCGUUAAUCACAGCAAAGCUUCUCUGGACAACAGCGAUGUCCUAGACCGCCGCGAUAAUGGUCAGUACUGGUGUGGGUGUGGCCUUAGCAUGAACGCGGGCAACUGCGAUGCUGCGGUCUCGGAUUUGAAGUAUCAGCUGGACAGCGACGGGGCAAUCCCCGCCGGUCAAUCGUACUAUUCGAUCAGAGGCGACGUCGUUGCCUUUGCAUGUAAUCGGGAUACAAAUAACCCCAGCCAACCCUGGGACGGAUCCUAUUUCGGUGUUGUCGCCGCGGGCAUCACGUCGCAAUGUGGCAAUUACAUUGCUGGAUCGUACCAAGCCUUCAACACGAUAUUCGGCUACAUGCGAUACUCAAACGGCAUCAACUUUUGCGCAGACAGCACAAACUCCCCCUCCAAUAGGUGUUAG